CUUCCGUGGGUGUGAUGGCGCCUUGCUUCUGACACUCACCGCCCACUGGGUGCUUGUUCCCUCCCUCUGUUCCAGCGCCUGGAACCUCCCCUCGCGCCUGUGCAGGGCGGCGACGGGCAGAAUGGCCGUCAGUUUGCCACGUUGCUGGGCAUAUUUGCGCAGUUUUUCAGGCCCCGCCUGUCCGGGCGCAGCUCCGGAGAGAGGCCGCGGGUCGGAGCUGACUGAACAGUCAACAUUCCUGGCUGGCUGCGUCUACAGCCAAGUGCCCUCGCUCGCUUCCCCUCCCUCCGAAUGAAAGCAGCCUGCAGCAUGUCCGCGAAAGCACUGGCCAAAGGAUCCCCCGCCCCUGGGCCUGUGCCUGAGGGAAUGAUUCGUCUCUACAGCAUGAAGUACUGUCCUUUCUCACAGCGCACUCGCCUGGUGCUGGAGGCCAAGGGAAUCAAGUACGAAACCAUCAAUAUCAAUCUGAUGAACAAGCCAGACUGGUUCUUCGAGAAGAACCCUCUCGGCCUGGUGCCAGUGUUGGAGACCGAUGUGAAACAGCUGAUCUACGAGUCUGCAAUCACCUGUGUGUUUCUGGAUGAGUGUUACCCCGGGAGACAGCUGCUGCCCACAGAUCCCUACGGGAAGGCCAAACAGAGCAUGCUGUUGGAACACUUCCGUACGUUCCUAGGUUGCAUCUACAAGAUCACUGCGGCUAAAGGAAAAUCCGAAGAUACGUCCGCACUGGAGGAAGAACUGCGGGCUCAACUCAGCCAGUUAGAACAGCGUUUGGCUGAGUCGAAGACCCUGUUCUUUGGAGGUGACAAUGUGACCAUGGUUGACUACAUGCUGUGGCCCUGGUUCGAGCGACUGGAAGCCUUCUCCUUGAGCGAGUUUCUGGAUCGCACCCCAGCACUCAGGAACUGGACACAGGCCAUGAUGGAAGAUCCUGCUGUCAAGGCAACAGCCAAUGAUGCUGCAGCCCACAGAGGCUUCUACAAGCUGUACAGCCAGCGGAGCCUGGAGGCUUGUGAUUACACUCCCUGACCUGCACACAGUUGUGGGUUGCUGCUGUAGCUUAUCCUCACUGUGGUUAUAUCAUCUGUCAUCACACUGUUUGGGACAUACUUCUGCAACUACUGACUGGGUUGUGUGGAUAAGCUCUGGUGUCUGGUUGGCGGUGGAAUUGUUCAGGCAAAUUUGUGUAAAGAAUAAUUGAAUUUCAGCUCAUUAAGUUUAAAAAGAGUUCUCUGUCCAGGCUGUUAGAUAGGUAUAUUUGUAUUUCUGAAGGAUUUAUUUUGUCUCUGUUAUACUGGUCCUGAACACUAUUUGAUAAUCAUAUGGUUUAUAUAUAUACUCAGCAUGUCCCUUGGUGGGUUUAAUCUACUCUCCUUCCUGUUGGUGUUUGAAAAUAACUACAUGCUGCUUCUGUCACUGCUACACAGUGUUUAUUUCUGUCUCUUCAUGUAACAACACUUCUGUCCUCCACUGAAUCGAUAUGUGUUGGUCACCAGAGUCCCACACACUAGGAACACAGUGACUGAUUGAUUUUCUGUAAGGCAGGUGUUCGCUGUGCUCACUCCCAUCCCCAAAACUAAUGAGAGUCAAGUCUGUACCCAUGAUCCUGAUUAUAAACUAUAACAUAAUAAUCUUUCAUUGAACUGGUUAAGUCCAUUAACGGGAGCCUUUAAUUAGACUCAGAGGA